AUGUCACCUGCAUCGCAGGACGGCGAGAACUUCGCGGAGGUGGUGGUGGUGCGGCAUGAAGAGACGUCGUGGAACGCCUCCCGCAUCAUUCAGCUGGUGUUUGAUCAGUCACUGAGAGAAAGGCACAUGGGAGAUCUCCACGGUUUGAAGUUUGAUGAUGCCGUCAGUACCAAGCCUGAAGCUUACAAGGCUUUCUCAUCAGAUGACAGAAACCAAGAAAUUCCUGUUGGUGGGGAGAGUCUUGAUCAACUUUCCAAGCGCUGUGUUUCCUACUUGAACAUGAUAGCUGACAAGCACAAGGGUAAGCAAUGA